UUCCCCUCCACCACGACCUUUCUCUUCUCCGUCAAUCACUUGAUGUUUGGUCCUUGUUGACCUGAUGAUAUCUCGUUUCACUAAAACCUUUUGAAAAUUGAUCUUUCGCUAUUGUAAACAUGGUUUUUCUACGUCUCACUGUCAAGGUCUAUCCCCGCGACCAACUCUACUCCUCUUCCCCCCAUUCCUUCCGGUCGAUGCCCGAUGACCGUGAUCGUGAUAAAUCUAGUCGGAGCUCUUCAACGCCAGAGGGUGGGAAACCAGCCAGAUUCAUGCUGGUCCUCGAACAACCAGAGGAAAUAACAUUGGGUGAGCUUUCUAGUAUGAUCCGAGAGAGAUGGAAGAAGCUCAGACCUGGUGCGGAUCCCCUGGAAAUCAAGAAAUUGUUGGACGAUUCUCACGAUUCGGAUGAUCUCGAUGUGGAUAUGACUGUUGCCGACGUUUUUGUUGACUACGGCCGAGCUCGCGCAGAUGGGAGUGACCAGCGCGGCACCGUGCGGGUCAUCCAAAAGCCAGCCCCUUAUACCCCCGUACGAUUUUCGUCGGUGACUCAGGACUGGGACGGCGCGGCGAAUCAGUUUGAGCGCCCGUUCAGAAUCAAGGAGGCGAUGGCUGGUAAACAUUCAACUAUUGUCGAAGAACCGCAGCGAACCCCGGAAUCCGACCCCCACAAUUACGGUUGGCGUGCAUCGUCUGUCCACGACCAGGGUCGUGCCAUGGAAGGCCCUCUGCCAUCCACAGAGACAGAGGAAAUCCCAGGAUCUCCCCAAGAGUGGGCUGGCAAGUCUCUUCUCGAUGAGGUCAGUGUACCGGCUCGUCGUGGAAGCACGGUGGCGCCAACCCCCCAGCACAAGCGCAUGGAAAGUCAAGAAUUGGGUGAUUGGCCUCCCGCAUGCCCAGUCCCAACCCACCGGGGACAACAAGCAAUUGCCUUUCCCGGAUUCACAGAAGCUGAAGCGCUUUCGAACGAACCCCUCUUGGAAUUGCCGGAGGAAUCUUAUGAUGAACAAGGAUCGGAGUCACCAUCCACCACAGACAAAGAUUCAUCCCACUCAGGGCGUUGUAUCGAGUUAAACCCGGUCAAGGAAGCAUUUCAGACCAACCAGACGAGCGCAUUAGUCCAUGGGCAAGUCGAGGGGAAAGAUGAGGAAGAAGCACAGGAAGAAGCACAGGAAGAAGGCGAAGAAGAAGGCGAAGAAGAAGGCGAAGAAGAAGGCGAAGAAGAAGGCGAGGAAGAAGGCGAGGAAGGAGAUGAGGAAGAAGGAGUGGAAGAGGAGGUGGAAGAAAACGACGAAGAAGACAAUGAUCAAGACGACGAUCAAGACGAUGACCAAGGCUCCAUCGAUAUUCAGUCUCGUGAAGAAACUGGAGUCCAACAAAUUUUGAACCAGCCACACGAACAUCGCGACGGGGACGGUGAUAUUACCAUGAUCAGCAGUGCUUCAAAGGAAAAUCAAGAUCCCGCCGGACCCUUCCGUGGCGACGAUGAAGAUCUGGAGUCCAAAGAUUCGGCAGAUGUCGAAUGUCUCGUUUAUUCUUCCAAAGUGUUGGGCAAGAGGAAAAAAAGCCAGGAAGAUCACGAGCCAAACAAGGAGCCGCGCCUGGGCCAAUUCGGUAGCCAUCCUGCUUCGUCAAUGAAACCAAACCGACCGAAAACCGACUUCGAGAAACCCGGAACUCCCGUAUCUAGUCCGUCGACAUCGCGAAAGAGAGAGAGAAUUCCGUCCUUUUCCAGACUUCCUCGUCGCCAGAGCUGUUCCGAGGGACCAGAACAUCCCCGACAAGGUCUAGGGCUCGGCAUUACUAGAAGUCCACCCAAAAAUCAACCACUGGUUCAUGAUCUAUCCCACGAUCCUGUGCGGUCUGGUGAUAGCACACCUUCGAGCAGUGCGUUUAUGCCCCGCUGGGGCUCGAAGUUCCAGACUCACUCAACUCCCAUGAAUGCACCGUCCCCCAAGCAAGUAGACAAGGGCCAAAGGCUGCAUUCGGCGCUUCGCAAGGGAAUUCCAGCAAACAGGUCGCCUGAAUGCCGGUCGGUCUCUUUUGUAGACGAGGAUGUUUCAAUCGUCAACUCUAGCUCCACACCAGAGUCGGCUACUGAGAAUAUUGCGAAACCGAUUACCAGUUCUUCAUCGGAUAGAAGACAGUCGGGGCACGGCUCUAUGGUGUACCCUCCUAAUCUGUCGGCCGAAGACAUUGAAAGGACCGAAAAGGAGGCCGAAGAACAAAUUUCUAGGAACAUAAGAGAAAGGGAGCAACUUGAGGAACUCAAGAGGAGGUUCAAAGCGGCCGAGCAACAUUAUGUAGGUAAACGUCGAAACAUGAUAAACGAAGUCGAAAAGCUCUUGGGUUCAAUCGAAAAGAACCAGAAAACGGACGGGAGGAAGGCUAGAACUGCCGCGAAGAAAAUUACUGCCUUAUGCGAAGCAUACCUACUCGAUAUCGAGCAGGAAAUGUCCCACUAUGAUAAGGGAAACACAACCUUGAAUCCCGCGACGCCUGAAACUAUAUGCCAUGAAGACCCACCUGCAUCGAAGAACACAACGCCUCAUUCACAGCCUCGAGUCGCUAGUAGUACAUCCAAAGCUGCAACCCCGGAAUUUUUCGCCAGACCUCGCCGUGCGCAGGCAAAUGAACAAGCGACGGUGACGAACGAGCCGGUUCUGCCCCCGGUACAAAAACCAUUGUGUCGAACCGGUACAACAAGCACGUCUACUACCACCACAGUCAACCGUUCGGUCCCCAAACAAUCUUCUCCUGAUGACCCAUUUGUCGUUUCGUCAGAAAUUGAGCCCGAUGCUUUGCCUGAAAAAGAGGGCUCUGUGGAUGAUGACCAAUCCCCACCAAAAAAGGAAGGUGCGUCUCAAUGUGGCAAUGUUGCAAUUGUUAAAGCCCGCACCAAAACAUCGGCAACGCCGUCUCAGGUUGCGUCAGUGAUGUGGCCCCAACAGCCAUGUAGCUCGCAAAAACGGCGCACUAUGCAGGACAUAAAGGCGAUGCAGGCGAUGCAGGCGAGGGAGCAACAGGAAAAAUCACGGCCGAAACCGGUGAAUGCCUGGCGUCAGAGUGAAAGCGAGUCGUCGAGUAGCUCGUCGGAUAGCGAUAACAGCAGCGAUGGUGGAAAAAGUGAUUCUGACGAUAAUGAGAUUCCGGAUAGCGAUGACAACAGCUGCGAAAAUGGACAAGGUGAUUCUGGCAAUGGUGAUAUUGCGGCGAGUGGCCAGGUGAGAAAGCUCAGGGCUGCCAAACGCCGGUAG